AUGAAGGCCACAUUCGCUUAUGUCAUGGUCGCCGCGCUCUUCGGAGUGUCGCAAGCCUCCGUUACCCCGCUCAACAACAUCAUCCGCCAUGAGUACAACCUGAACGCCAGAGCUGGUGUUCACGGCAACCUGGCUGCGAUCGCUCGCCGUGAUGAGGCAGCGGCGCACACGCCCGAGUCCGACGUCUUGCAACCCGUCGUCUAA